AUGUUGAGUUUUGUUUCGACUUAUCGCAAAACAUUGCUCAGAUUAUUGAGGAUUAAUAGAAAAUUGGAUGUAAGACCUUCAACUGUAAAUUUUCCAAGUGCGUUGUGAUUUUUUAACAAAAAAUGUUUUUUCUGAAAAAUAGAAAUAAAAAAAUUUUCUCAUAAGCAUUGUCCGUGUGAACUUCGAGAAAAAAUGGUUGAUUCUUUAGAAAAUUCUUCUCAAAAACAGAAGAAGAACAAGAAACAUCUGAUUUUUCUGAUAUUUUUAGUGAUCUGGAUAAUGUCAAUAUUUUUAUUCCUAUUCAUUUUCAUAUUUUCUGGAGGAGAAGCUGAGAAUUCCAAAAUCACUGGAUUAUUUCGAAAAAAUAAUUAUGAAGGACAUAUUUUUACAUCUUUGUUUAAGCUUGAAGAAGAUCAGGAAAUUUCAGAGAAGGAAAAUUUAUUGAAUCGAGACAGGGGUCUGAAACUUCAGAAUUUCAAUGUUGCAGUGAAAAGUAAUCAACAAGAUGUUUUGAAAACAUUGGAAACUUCAAAAAUUUCUCAGAAAACUGUGAAAUCUGGAAUUCCUACUUCUUGUGAGUUCAUGUUUCUUCCGCGAAAAAAUACGUUUCAAGAAAUUUUUGAAGCGGAUUUUGAGAUUUGGAAAAUGUUCCACAAGCCAUCAGCCAAAUAUCAGCUAAUCAUUUUAGAAUUUCGAAAAACAAAAAAUAGAAAUUAUUUCAGAGAUUUUUCGAAACAGUAAAUACUUUUGGGAACGAAUGUAAAAAUUGAAACUGAAUAUUUUUGACAAAUUUUUGAAACAGCAGUUUUUUUGAGAUAAAAAUUGGUGAACUUCAUUUCUGUUUUUUUCUACGCGUUUUUAUUAAAUCUGGAAGUUUUCAAAUAUAAUUUUUUUUGAAAAAUUGUCAAUUUCAUUGUUUUUAGCUCGAGAAAAUAUUCUGAUUCGAGAUAAAGGUCUCGAAUUUGAGAAAUUGAAUUUUGGAGAGAAGCCUGAAAGACAAGAAGCUGCUAAAAAAUUGGAAGCUUCAAAAACUCUUCAUAAAACUUUGAAGACUUCAGAAGUUAAAAAAAUUCACGCCGAACCUCCCAAGAAAAGAUUGUAUUCUGAUGUUGUGAAAUCUGGAAUUCCUAUUUAUUGUGAGUUCAUGUUUCUUCCGCGAAAAAAUACGUUUCAAGAAAUUUUUGAAGCGGAUUUUGAGAUUUGGAAAAUGUUUGUACUCCUGUGCCAUAAGCAGAAUUUGAAAUUAAACAGCAUUUUUCCAAUAAGAAUGAAAGUGAGAUUGAAUUUUCAUUUCACAAAAUUUAUUUCAAAAUAUUUUUGAGACAGUGAAUUUUUCUAGCAAGAUUUUCUUUCAGCCACCACAAAUCGAACUGAAAUCAAAUACAAACAUGCCACGUAUCAUCCAAUUCUCCAAGCUUCACCAACUCUUCCACCAUCCACCAAAAAAUUUGAAAUUCUCGAAAAAUCCAAAUUCCACCCAUACACAAUUUCAUUUUUCGAAGACCUCAAAUUAUUCAUCCGCAAAAAUCUACGCGGUCUUCUUCUGGCCAAAUUCGAUCAAGGAUUUCUCGCCGAACUUUGUGCCGAUAUCAUUUUUGAUCGUCAAAAAUUCGUGGAUCAAAUUUUGAUGUCCAAAAAAAUCGCGGAAAAUUCGUGGGUUUUGAAGAGUGAGAAGAAGAAAAUCAAUGGAGACAAAUUGAGAUUUGUUGUGGAAUUCUCUGAAAUUGAGAAGAAUAAGAAGAAAAGAGAAAUUGAAUUUGAGGCAAAACAAGGAACUGCGAAACAGUGGAUUAUUUAUUUUGCAAAAUAUUUGAAACCGAUUUGUUGA